UCCAAAGCGAUGUACGUCUGCUAAAUGAAUAAAUGUAAAUAUUCAGAUAUCAAAUGCAUAAAUGAUCAUUGCACGGUCUGUUGAAGUAAUUCAUGUAUCAAGGUUCCGAGGCCCUUGUUUAAUGCUGGCAGGGAUUCAGCGGUGCUGAGGCCUGGAGGGAGCCUCAGUGGUAAUUAAUGGUACACUGCCUGUACAGUUAUAGCAAACUGCCCAUCAAUGUCUGGUAUGAUAAAGAGGAGUUUCCUGCAGUUGGCUGGUGCUCCGGCUCUCUGGUGGGUAUCAGUUGCGGUCCAUUCCUCCCCACUGGUGGUCCUUUGUGCAUUGCUUUGCGUGGGCAGGUUUGAAUGAAACUCACCCUAAACUCUUCGCGAACCUGCCCAUUCCUGGGAUGUCCCAGGGGGCGGUGUCCCACACCUUGACUGCUUUAAAGAUCUUUCUUCGAACUUGCUCUGAUACAGAAGUUUUCUUUCACCCCCUGGGGAGUUUGACAAGAGGACGCUAAUGUGGUUCAGAUGGUGCUCUUUUACGCUCAGUGCUGCAGCUUUGCAGAACACUUCGGUUUAUAGGCGAUGCUGACAGGCUGCUGGAGACCUCCCAGGGACAAGGCUGAGUGUCUCACCGACUGAGGAGGACCCGGAGCGAACGCCAGCCUGACUCCCAGGAUUCCCGGCUCCUGGGCCGCUCCAGCUCGCAGACUCGUCCUUCUGCUGUCCAUCCAGCCCUGGAGUGCCUUCCUCAGGGAAGAGAAAGGAAAGCAAAGAGAAACGGUCCUCAUCCGCCUGGCACUGGACCGCAGUGGGGAGUUGAGUCAUGAGCGAGUUCUGGUUGUGCUUCAACUGCUGUAUAGCGGAGCAGCCCCAGCCGAAGAGACGGAGGCGCAUUGACCGGAGCAUGAUCGGCGAACCCACCAACUUCGUCCACACGGCGCACGUGGGAUCAGGAGACCUCUUCAGUGGCAUGAACUCUGUGAAUUCAAUUCAGAACCAAAUGCAGUCAAAGGGUGGAUAUGCUGCCGAUGCCUUGCCGGUCAAUGUGCAGAUGCAGCUGGUGGACACAAAAGCAGGAUAACUUGAGCACUGAAUGUUCAUGCUUCCUUCAAGUCUGUGUUUCUUCAUCCCUGCCUGUGGUUGCUGUCCAUCCACCCCCCGCCCCUGCCGCCACGACACAGGUUUCCUUGGACCCGCCCACCCCGGCACUCCUCACGCAAAUGCACACGGACGGUUUUUGCACUCCCGUGGGAAUGAGGCUGCCCUGCCAGUCAGGAACACCCUUAAGCAGCGCGCCCCUCAACAACACGUCGGUUCAGCUAAGACGGAGGCUUUACCUCCCUUGCUCGCCUGCCCGCCCGCUCGCUCGCUCGCAUGACCCUCAUCUCUGCAAGUGCAAGUGUAGUGCUUUUCCUGUGAUUUGCUGUGAGCAUUUGUUUAGUUUUUUUUAUUAUUAUUAUUAUUAUUAUUGUUAUAAUGUUGCUGUUAUUCAUGUUUGAAGGUCUGGAACCUACAAAAGUACAGUUUCUUUUUUUUUCUUUUUUUUUCUUUUUUUGGGGGGUCAGGGGGGUGUUCUUAGGCAGUCAGCCCAGAGGCUGUGUGUUUGAACAGUGGCUUGCUACAGCCUAGUGGUGCCAAAAUGCCUGUAGCUAUGGAAUGAUGGGAUAGUUUUCUUUUCUCUCCUGUCAAUAAGUUAAUUUGACUGUGGCAAACUUUAACUGCCAUUCCUUCGGAGAUAUGAUUGUUACUUUGCUGUUUACAUCACUCCAGUUUCCAUUCCCUCUUACAUCACUAUCAAAACUGAUGUUGAAAUGACAUAUCUGGCAUUUCACUCCAACGUUCUGCUGUAAAUUUAUCAGUUGAGUUGAAGUUACAUGGUGUUUUCACAGUGUAGUAACAUUUAGAGAAAUGUAGUUUCUGUGGUUGUGCUUGGUACUAAUUUGGCAAAGAGAUUUUUUUUCUGUAUAUUUGACCAUGGUGCAAAUCCAAACUUCCAGUCUCCAGCAUUGGCGGUUUGACCUGUUGGCGGAGUUUAUGAACUUUGCACAUUUUGAAACGAACCUCACGACAAACGUCAACUUUUUUGGCUAAGAGUUAUACUGGGGCCAUUAGGGUUGCCGUGGCAACACCACUGGCUGUAAUGAAGGUAAUGCCAGAAUGAUUACCAUCAACACACAGGGUUACUUCUACUGUUUUGAUUAAGGACAUUUUGCUCAGGUCAAAAAUGCAUAUUUUCACCUAUAUGAAAUAAAUUGUAUACAUGAUAUUGUAUUGCACUGUUUUCUAGUAGUGAAAUUGAAAUGUACCAAGCAAAGAAAGUUAUAAAUAACAACAAAAAAAAAAAACCUCUGCAAUCAAGCUGUUUGUUAAUAUGGUAGAAUAUUUUAACAAUAGACCUUUUAACAAGCUGUAAAGAAAUCAGAAAUGUAUAUGGUACUAUGUACAUACUAUUGGAAACAUAUUCCGUCUGGAAGUAAAAUGUAUGAACUCCAAUUGACGUUAGCCUGUAAAAGAUGAGAUUGUAUUUUCAAAUGUUUUGUAAUUGCUCUGAAAAUCAGUCUCUCAUUCACAUAUUCAGAGUAUUUCUCGGUUGCCAUGUCUUGAUACCGUUUGCCUGAGUCCAAACUGCAGCCAGAGUGCGUCUGUAAUGUCGACAGCCCUGUUAUUAACCCGCGUCCGGCCAUCUCCACGCUUCCUUGUGCUUUAUGUUUGUAAAUACUUUGUUUCUUAUGUGCCACAGCUUGGGGUAAUUUAUUUCCAUUUUGUUCUGUGCUUUUUUUUUUUUCCCGUUUUAACGUUGGGUUCAUUUUUCUACGAUAAGUAUCGCAAAUUAGUUGGAAGGAAUAAGUGUGGCAGUAUUUAUUAUUGACCAAUAAUAGAUAUGUCUUGGACAGGAGUAGUGAAACUUGCCAUGUCAUUCAGUAGCGACAUGUAAAAUAGUGCCGAGUCAGAUGGAUGCAAACUAAUGACGCAGAGAAGUUAAAGCACAAGUGACAAAAAAAGUGAUCCGUACUGAAUUUGCAGUAUACUGUAAUGAAUAACAAAUAUAUUGAGAUAAACCUAUGCCGUUAUUACCCUACUCUCCGCCAGACCUCACAGCUAAUGAAUUUCAACAUCAGGGAAUUCACCCAUUUCAAUAAAGAUGUUUAUAUUAGUUACACUCAUUGUUCUACACAUCCAAGUUUUGUACACCUCCACCCCUUAUUAAUGCACAUUCAGUGUUGGCUUGUAGAUUACCAAAUUCUGUUGAAAUAAAUAUUUUUUCCAUGUUAAACUGUCUUGCUCGUUUUUGUUUUUAGGAGUUGCAGCUGGUCUGACGAUUUCUGGCCAAGUCUU